AUGAGGCCCACCAACGCUCUCAUCCUCGUCUUGGCAUGCGUUGCUGCCUCUGCAGCGGUAGACAUCCAACCACGUCAGACAGGUGGUGGCAAUGCCUGCAAGUGCCUCGGCUACCCCAGCCCUGGCCUCAUCUGCGGCAACUGCGUCCUUAUUAGCAACGGCGCCUAUCUCAUCAGGGAAGGCCGCGUCGACACUCACGUGUGGGUGGUUUUAUCUGUCUUGCAAACCCUUGCCCGCGCUAUUUCGCGUGCUUGGUUUCGAAGCACCCAACCAGCCGAUCCCGCACUCGCCGGACAGAAUGAUGCUGAAGGCUACGCUUUAGCGCCGAGUGUCCGCGAGGGACGUCACGUCCGCGAUGAGGCUCUGGCUUUAUGAGCUGGGCAUGCGUGGAACGUGUUGGUCGAGGGGGGAGUAUUUGAUGGUGGCUAUUGGAUCUUGUUGGAGUAGGCUGGGAAGAGCGAAAGACAAUAAAGAACUCUAGAC